CUGGUCUUGUAGCCGGGCCCUAGUACACAUUCUCGUGUUGUGUCUAUUCGUCUAAUCGUUUUUCCAAGUGCUCUGAAAUUUCUAUAGCGUCCAGUGGUUUCCAGGCGUGUUAUAAAUUCGACUCAGUAAAGUAGACCAUUGGCCAAGACCCUCGAAAAUGCUCACGGCCAGGCAGACGGACCUGAAGAUGAUGGACUGCGGCACGGAGACUCUGCCCGAGUCGCGAUCGAGUUCCAGUACCGAGUUGAAGACGUUGGCGGAAAUGGAUCUGCGAAAGCCCUUGAAAGAGAUUGUUGACCUGCGGCUGAAGCAUCCGCUGGAGAACACCUGGACGCUCUGGUACCUGGAGAACGAUCGCAGCAAGUCCUGGGAGGACAUGCAGAACGAGAUCACGAGCUUCGACAUGGUCGAGGACUUUUGGAGCCUAUACAACCACAUUAAGCCGCCAUCGGAGAUUAAAAUAGGCAGCGAUUACUCGUUGUUCAAAAAGGGCAUACAGCCCAUGUGGGAGGAUGAUGCCAACAAGUACGGCGGCCGCUGGGUCAUCAAUAUGGGGCGCGGCUCAAAGCCGGAGCUCGACAAACUCUGGCUGGAUGUGAUACUCAUACUGAUUGGUGAGGCCUUUGAGCACUCUGAAGAAGUCUGCGGCGCUGUUAUCAACUUGCGUGGAAAGAGCAACAAAAUUUCAAUUUGGACCGCCAAUGGGCACAACGAACUGGCCGUCAUGGAGAUUGGACUCAGGCUGCGCGACCUGCUCAUCCUGCCGCCCCACCAACUGCAGUACCAGCUGCACCGGGACUCGAUGUCCAAGCAGGGAUCGGUGGUCAAAGCGGUUUACUGCGUGUAAGCCGCCUCGGUCUUUCCGCCCAUCCAUCCGCCCAUCAGCCCAUCCAUCUACCCAUCCAAUCCCCACUCCCCAAAACUCCCACUUUCCAUGGCCGCCGCCGUCGUUUGCUGUUUUCAGCGCGUGUAUUCCAAAAACGUAAAAAAAAAAAUAUGUAUCAUGAGGCAGAACGGGUUUUAUGAAUUUGACCAUGUUAAAAAUUGCAAAGAAAUCUGUAAAUAUAUGUAGAUGUGGCGUUCUGUA